CUUGAGUUCCAAUCAUGAUCAUGUUAACGCACCUAAUGAUGUCGAUUACGUCCGACCUGAUUUAGAACCAAUCGAAGCGGAGACAUGAGUUAUAGGGGAAAGAGAAAAGCACAGGGGCAACCGACCGUACGGUUGACAUCUGCCGCCCAUGAUGUACAUUCGUCUCCCCGAGCUAAUAUGGAGCCAGAAGGGUAUAGACCGGUACUUCCACAUCAUGUGGAAGGGCAUACCGAUGCAGGGCGGGACGUGGGAUGUGGUGAUGACAUUCAUGUAGAUCCUCAGCAUUCUGACGUGGCAGAGCCGGGCACAUCCACACCGUUCACGCUUGACUUCACGACGUUGAGCGAUAUGGGGAUCGUUUCACAUGGCCAUUUCCAGCGGCACCCAUACCCCAAUAGCGGAGCACAAGUGGAUGAUAGUGAUGAGACACAGCCUCCGGAUAGCACUGAGGGUGAUGAGGAUGGUGUCGCGCAUGACACACAUUUCGAUGAUGCCGCUACACGCCCGUUGAAGGUGGAUGAGGUUCGGACGAUAAGUGUAGAUCAAAAUGGCAUCACCCACUACCAUAUAUUGAGUGUCAAGUCAAGCCACAAGCUGUGGGAGAUCCCCGAUGGCCAGAGGAUCGUGUGCGAGUAUAACCCUGCGUGGCAGCCUGUGGGACAAAGUGCUUCCAAAUUUAGACGGAUGACCGGAGUGUUCGUCAGGAGCAGUACUUAUGUACGGAUUAGCGACGAGUGGAAGAAGGUAUCGGAGCGUAAGAAGGUCGGAGCGUAA